AUGCAAAUAGUUAACUACAACUAUCAUCAUGGAGGAAGGCCAAGGGCAGAUAAGAGGCUUAAGGUACAAAAACAACAAGAGGAACAACAGCAACAACAGCAGCAGCAACAACAACUAGAACCACUACUGCUGCAACAGCAACAAGAACAAGAACAACAGCUGUUGCAACAACAAGAGCAAGUGCAACAACAACAACAACAACAACAACAACAACAACAACAACAUCAACAGCAGCAGGCCGAGAUCAGUGCUCUUUACAACCUCAUCAACAUGACCAAGGAGCAGAUUGCUCAGCUCACAAGAGAGAUUGCCGAGAUGGAGCAACCAAUCAAGGCGAUAAAGCCCCGAGAUGUGUAUAUGUUUGACCAACAUCAAUCCGACAUGUUUAUCAGUACAGAUGGUGUAUUGGUCAUCAUCAGUUACCCAGUUCAACGCUACUCCCAUUACAAUGACAAGAUAGGUUGGCCUAAGAAACCAAACCAAUAUGUCCCAUUGUACUCUGCUGUCAAUGAUGAGGAGAAGAAGAAGAUAGGUUGUCCACUCUUCUUCAUUCUGACCCUUAGGUCUUAG